AUGAAAUGUUUCAUGGUUGAACUCUUUUCUUCCUAUAAAGCCCGUGAAAACUAUACCCAAACCAUUAGUGAAAUUAUUUUUGAUGAAGUUAUUAUUAAUCCCAAAACAGGAGAAGAUUAUUUAGAAGAUGAAGAAGGAAAGAUUAAAGAACUAAUUG